UUCAAUUUAUUAUACAUAACAAAAUCUUAUUUAAUCUUUAAUUGACUGAUCAAUUGAUUAUUAAAACAUUAAUCGAAUUGAUCGAAUUGAUCGAACUGAUCGAUACCAUAGAUUAAUAUUCAGAAUGUUAAUAUGUUACUUGAUACUCCUCUUGGCAUAUACCGGACUAGGUUCAGAAACUACAACUAUAACAACUACAACUACAACUACAACUACAACUACAACUACAACAACAGUUCGAACAACCACAAUAACAAUUGAACCAACUACAACAACUCGUUCAACCACAACAACAGCUGAACAAACAACUCUUCCUACAACUGCUCCUAAAGUUUGUCCAUCUGGUUGGUUUUCUGAUGCUGAAUAUGGUUGCUACCUACCAUACUUUGAAGCAGAAGGUGUAACCUGGCUUGAAGCAUUACAGAUUUGCAAUGAGUUUGGAAGUAUACUUGUGGAAAUAUAUAAUUCUGACCAACAGAUGCAUGUUGAGAAUUUACUGAGAUACAGUGAACAGUUUGUAGGAAAACUGAACUAUUGGAUUGGACUAGAAGAUCUAGGAGAGGAGGGAUGGUUUCAAUGGAUACAUUUUGGAUAUCCUCCCCUCUACUUGAACUGGGGAGCGGGCAGGCCCGCCUAUCCAGACCAGUUUAACAGAGAGGAUUGUGUGUAUAUUGGACAUGACUAUAAGUGGGUGGAUGCUGACUGCAGUUCAACCCAUCAAAUGUCUCCACUCUGCUGGAUUCCUCACAAAUAAUUAAGCUCAAACUUUAUUUAAACAAAAAAAAGUUUGAAAUAAAAAUCA